GUAUUGCCGGAUGCUGUGCCAAAACAACAGUUGCUCCUUUGGAUCGAGUAAAAGUUUUAUUACAAGCUCAUAAUCAUCAUUACAAGCAUUUAGGAGUAUUUUCUGCAUUGCGUGCUGUUCCCCAAAAGGAAGGAUUCCUGGGUUUAUACAAAGGAAAUGGUGCAAUGAUGAUUCGAAUCUUUCAAAAAAUCCAGUUUAUGGCCUUUGAGCAUUAUAAAACGUUCGUUACUACAAAGCUGGGAGUUUCUGGUCAUGUGCAUAGGUUAAUGGCUGGUUCCAUGGCAGGUAUGACAGCAGUUAUCUGUACAUACCCUCUUGACAUGGUUCGAGUACGCCUUGCAUUCCAGGUGAAAGGGGAGCACACCUAUACAGGAAUUAUUCAUGCAUUCAAAACAAUUUAUGCAAAGGAAGGUGGUUUCCUUGGAUUUUACAGAGGCCUGAUGCCAACAAUAUUAGGAAUGGCUCCGUAUGCAGGUGUUUCAUUUUUUACUUUUGGUACCUUAAAGAGUGUUGGGCUUUCUCAUGCUCCUACCCUUCUUGGCAGACCUUCAUCAGACAAUCCUAAUGUCUUAGUUUUGAAAACUCACAUAAACUUACUUUGUGGUGGUGUUGCUGGAGCAAUAGCACAGACAAUAUCUUACCCAUUUGAUGUAACUCGUCGGCGAAUGCAAUUAGGAACUGUUCUACCAGAAUUUGAAAAGUGCCUUACCAUGUGGGAGACUAUGAAGUAUGUCUAUGGACACCAUGGAAUUCGAAAAGGAUUAUAUCGUGGUUUAUCUCUCAAUUACAUUCGCUGCAUUCCUUCACAAGCAGUGGCUUUUACAACAUAUGAACUUAUGAAGCAGGUUUUUCACCUCAACUAAAAAACAAUCAUGGUUUCUUUUCUUUAAUGAACUC